AUGGAUGCAGCGAAGUUGAAGGAGCUGAAGUUCUUCGUCCAGCAGUGCAAGGGCAACCCUUCCAUCCUUGCCGACCCCUCCAUCUCCUUCUUCAGGGAGUAUCUGGAGAGGUAGGCGUGCCAGUCACAUAUUCUAUCACAUCUAUUCCCAUUAUCUUCCUCUCUUUUCAGGCAUCAACGUGUUCUAAAACCCUAAGCGCUCCCUCUCGGCUUCUCACUCCUUAUUUUUUUCCCGGUUUUUCUGUAUCGUCGGGGUGUUCUUCUGUCCGCGGUGGGUUGUUCCAGCCUCGGUUGCAAGCUUCCUGCGACCGCGUACGGGUCCGGCGAGUCCCCACACGCUAGUGAUGCGGUACUCUCCCCUUUCCAUAAUAUUCGUGAUAUUGUGCAUGUUAUAAUGUUGAUGUGAACGAUAUUGAUUAACAAUGAUCAGCAUCGACCAUCGCCCAACCAGGGCAUGCUAGAUUUAUGAUCUGGUCCGUGAAGAGGCAAAAAUUACUUGUUAUAUAUCAUUUUGAUUAGUGUGCGCAUUUUGGGCGCAACGGUUUACAGUACUAAAUAUCGUUAAAGAAUAAUAGUUUCUGAUAGGGUUUCCUUCCUUACUGUGAAUUGAGAGAAGAAAACUUUGCAAAUUUCAAGUUUCCAACUGGCGGGAUACUACAACACUCAGAAAUGCCGUGGUCAAGUUCACGCUAAUAUUUAGGUAGCUUUGGCCCUUUGACCGACUUGGAUACGCCUAAAUCACCUAUGGACAAGAUACGGUUAUCACAACAACUUGGAAGACAUUUGAACUUUUCUUUUUGGAGUACAGUAAAAUCUAGUUUACAUCAGUGAAGAGUGCGUGAACUUUUCUGCAUGAUAUAUAGAAUUUUAUCGGAUAUAUUAAGAGUUUAAAUGAAGAAAAGACGCUACGAAAUGUUCAGGGAGGACAUUUUCAAUGUUUUCAAUAUCCGCUCUUACAUCUAGUGUUUCCCUCACCUAGGAAAUCGUAAUAAAAAUGCUGUAGUUUCCGAGCUUUCAUUAAUAUUCAUCGAGGUCAAUGUAUUUCAUUAAUAUGCACUGUUAGUUUGACCAUUGUCUCAACCGUUGUUAUUGUGGGUAUCUUUGGAUAACUUUUUGAAUAGGUUGUUUGAAAUAUUUAACUAUGUAGUUAUGUAUACUUGAUCCAGAAAACUUACAAGGCGAGUGAGAGUGACGAGGACUUGGAUGACGGGGAUGAUGACUACUUCGAUGCAAAUGUUGGCAGCAAAGCUCCCAAUCGCACCGAAUCGGAUGAUGAUGUAGUGGAGUCGGAUAUUGAACUCGAAGGGGAAACUGUUGAACCUGACAACGAACCUCCACAGAAGGUGGCUCCAUUGGGUUUUUUUUUUGUCUUAGAUUUAUAUUGCUAUCUCUGUCUCUAAAAGUCGCAUGUUUUGAAGAUGAUUGAUUUUUAUCUGUUCUCUUUGCAGAUGGGAGAUGCAUCUAUUGAAGUGACUGAUGAAAACCGUGAUGCCUCCCAACUGGCAAAAGGAAAAGCCAUGGAGGCAAUUUCAGAAAGUGUGUCUUCUUCUCUUUCUGUCCUUGGAUCCCAAGUUUUGUUCCACUGUUUUUUAAACAGAUCGUUAUGUCCAGGUAAAUUGGAUGAGGCCAUUGAGCAUCUUACAGAAGCUAUAUUGCUAAACCCAUCCUCAGCAAUCAUGUACGGCUCCCGAGGUAGUUUCUGAUUACACCUAUUGGCCUUUUUGUCAAUUUUUGAAUACCUAUUUGAAUGACAUAAUUCACGAUUUCCAUGCAGCGUCCGUAUUUAUCAAGAUGAAGAAACCCAAUGCAGCUAUUCGAGAUGCAGAUGCUGCCUUAGAGGUUAUUUUCUUGUCUUUGUCGUUUUAUACAAUGCCGUAUUAUAUUUCUCAAGUGUCUGGCUGUUUUUGGGUCCAGGCUUGGACUUCUGUUCUCCCGGUUUAAGAUGAUAGGCAGAUUAAUAUGACCUUAAGCGUGUAAUCCAUUCCUUAUCAUAUAGGAUGGACCAUGGAGACUAUUUCGUGAUUUAUUUUUUUCUUUUAUAGGAUUAAGGUUUUUCAAGCAACCAAAGUGGUAUGCGACCUUAUUAUCUAGGCAACAGGUGUUACGGCUAAUUUGCUAAAUAUAUCGCACCAUGCAAUUAAUCAUUAAAUAAGUGGCAAAUACUAUGAUGUAUAUGUGAGACCACAUAAGAUUAUAAUCACACAGAUAAAUCCGUAUCGAAUAAUGUGCAUAGAGAAUUAAUAUGAUGUUUAUACCUUACAUAAUACUGUUUCUGUUUUGGAUAUGGGUAAUGAGCUUGCCAGAUGUAGCACUUGGAUCUUUAGAUCGGCACUGCCUCAUCAGUAUUGUCUUCAUGAGUGUGCGAACUCAUAGGAGAAAGACUUUGGGUUAAAUCUCAAUGCAAGGUCUCUUCCUUGAAGCUCAAGUUGUCUGCAGUUCAUAUUUUUAUUGUACUAUUUUCUGCACUGCGUCUUUAUUUGAUAGAAUGAUCUAUCGUGUAUCUGUUUUUUCCAUUGAAGUAUUUCCAAACAUUACUUUGGGUAUGCUGUGGCAAUUAUCCAAAGUAAAUUGACAUUGCUGUUUUCUUUAAUGGAGACUGUGGGCUAGAUGUUCAUAUUUUAUUCUUCUAGAUAAACCCGGAUUCUGCCAAAGGGUACAAAUCUCGUGGCAUGGCCCUGGCAAUGCUUGGAAAAUGGGAAGAAGCUGCUAAGGAUCUGCAUAUUGCUUCCAAAUUGGAUUAUGAUGAAGAGAUUGGUGCUGUGCUUAAGAAGGUGCGAGCUUUAUUUUCGAUAAUCACUGUUCAGACCCAUGAUUAAGUUCUUUCAAGUGUUUUUGUUAUAAGGAAACUUUUGGAUGUAGGUUGAACCCAAUGCCCAUAAGAUUGAAGAACAUCGUCGGAAGUAUGACCGCCUAAGAAAGGAAAGAGAGGAUAAAAAAGUUGAACGUGAAAGACUACAUCGUCGAGCUGAAGCUCAGGUCGGUUUUUUUUUUAGGUGUUUUUUACAAGCCCACUGUAUGUUCUUUAACUGGCGUGUGUUUUUUCACAUUCUUACAGGCUGCUUACGAAAAGGCCAAAAAGAAAGAGCAAUCAUCUUCUUGUGGCCCAUCCGGUUGCCCACCAACCGGAGGGUGCUCAGCCAGUAUGCCUGGUGGAAUGCCUCAUGGUUUCCCUGGUGGUUUCCCAGGUGGUAUGCCAGGUGGUAUGCCAGGUGGUAUGCCAGGUGGUAUGCCAGGUGGCAUGCCACAGGGAGCUUUCCCGGGUAGUAUGCCAGGGGGUGUGCCUGGAAAUAUUGAUAUGAGCAAUAUCUUAAAUGUAUGUUAUGCUUUUACUUUUUCCUGGUUCAGUGUAUCUAUUAGACUGUUUCUUUCACAUUUUCUUCACCUUAUAUAAGAUAUAUUUUCAUACUUUUAAGUUAAAAAUGUUUUUAUGCUUUGGUAGUUCUGCAAAAUGUCUUGAUGGCCUCCACAUGUCAGUUUUUUAGGUUCAUUAACUCUCUCUUGGUAUUGUAAUCUUUUUUCCUUAAAUAGACCAAGAUUCCGGUGUUCUCAUUCUCCAUUUCUAAUCUUAAAAGUUGUAGCCACAUGCCAGUUAGUGCCUUUGAUCUUCUGGAACAAGCUAGCUCGAAAAGUAUUUUUAAUUAAUAUACUGUCUUUGCCCUAGAAUUUAUUUGUUUAAAUUUUGUGGCAUGAAAUUCAUUUUCACUUGCUUUUCUCAGGAUCCAGAGUUAAUGGCUGCAUUUAAAGACCCUGAAGUUAUGGCUGCACUUCAAGAUGGUAUUUACAUUUAAGUUCUUGUAUUAUAUGGAUUGGCUAUUUGCCCCACUUUAUGGAUAUUUUUUUUUUUGUUGACAAUGCAAGAAAAGAAGUGUACACUCCCGUUGAAAAAUAAUCAUUCCAUCUUUUCUAUAGAAGAACAUGAUUUAGAUGAGAGCAUCUCUUCAACAACAUAUAGCGAUUUUACGCAUGUUUACUCAUACAAGGAAAGAAGAUAGUUAUCAUGCCAGGGCUUUUCUCCUGAAGAUGAAUACAUGAUUCUGAUGAGAUCAUAUCUCUCCUACUAUGUUUCACAGUUUGUACCCUUGAUUUUCCUUUUCCCGAAUCUUACAUUUGUUGAUGACAAGGUAGGGUUUCCCAGCAUGACAACUGUGUUCUUUACUUGCACAAGUAACGUACAUUAAAUUGCUUCCUUCUUUAGAGACUAAAAUGACGUUUGAGGAUAAAAGUCAAUAACCUGGAGGAUUUUUUUGUAUAAAUCAAACACCAUUUGAAAAAAAAUAAUUUAUACCAUCCAUUAUGAGAUUGGUUUAUUCUUCCCCUGAUUGUACAGAUGAAUUAAUGGAGUUUUUUUUCUAAAUAUCGACUUUUUUGGAUGCUUCAUCAUAUGGUGUCUUUAAAUCAAUGCGAUCGCUCUAUUAGAUGAACAUAUUAGAAGCUUUUAUCUUAUCACGUACUGGUAUUUGGUUCACGAAUCGAAAGGCUUCCGUCAAAAGUUUGAUCCAAAUCAAUGUCUUUUUCAAGUAAAGCUGUAUUUGAAAGUUCAUAUAGAAGAAACAGAAGAGCAACCUAUUAUUUUAACUCAUCCAUCUUGCAAUGUCAAUUCUCAUUAAGCCCUUGUAAAGUAAUGCCAUGUGGACUGAACACUGGUGAUUGUGUUGUCUUUUCCGAGGAAGGAAUAGUGUCAUUCAAAUGUCAUCUUAUAUGUAGAAUUUGCCCUCUUGUGUGGUUGAAUUAUGAGCUCCUUUUACCCCCUUCUCUCACUGGGAAUUAACAUGGAGACUUCUUGCUGAAACUUGUUAGCAUUGCAUCUGCCACACAUGACUGGGAGUUGCUUUCGAGAUCAAAGAAUGGGCCUCAUAAUGACUGGUGGAAUUGAGAUACUAGGGUUGAUGGUUUGAUGGUUUGAUGGUUUGAUGGUUUGAUGGUUUGAUGGUUUGAUGGUUUGAUGGAUUAUGUGAAGGAGAUAACUUGUGAUUAACUGAUUGUCAUCAUAUUUCUCAUGUUCCUGAUGCAAGAAUAGUUCCUGAUUGGCUGUCAUACCGUAUAUGGAUCAGGGAGAGGACUAAUUAUUAUCUAACGAUUCUACUUUUUUGAAGGAACUCUCAACAAGUGGACUCUUUUUAAAAAAUUGAUUUAUGAUUCGUGCUAGAUCACUCUAUUGCUUGUUAAUGUUACAUCUUCAUCUAUUUCUCCUCCCUUGUAGUGAUGAAAAACCCUGCCAACUUUGCGAAGCAUCAAGCAAACCCCAAGGUGGCCCCCAUCAUCACCAAGAUGAUGGGCAAAUUUGGUGGUGGGAAGUAA